ACUUGUUAAACAUAUCAUAAAAUGAAAUCCGAUGAAAGCUUCAAAAUUACUUUGUGUUUACAAUUUUCAGAACUUGAACAUGUUUUAAUCGAUUUUCUGUCAAUGUUAUUCCCAUCACAUGCAAUAUUCAACUAGAGGGAGUUUCAUAGUCGAGCAUUGACAAUCCAGGGGGGGUUGCAAUCAUGUUUGAGGCGCGUCUGGGCAGCACAACGCUGCUGAAGAAGAUUGUGGAUGCCCUUCGGGAGAUUCUCACCCAGAGCACAUUGGACUGCAGCGAUUCGGGAAUUCAGCUGCAAGCCAUGGACAAUUCGCAUGUGUCACUGGUGGCGAUGUCUCUGCAGAGCGACUGCUUUGAAAAGUAUCGCUGCGAUCGGAAUAUAUCGUUGGGAUUGGAUCUCAAGUCUCUGGCCAAGGUGCUCAAGUGCGCCAGCGGUGAUGACGCUGUCACCAUCAGCGCCCCAGACAAGGCGGACAAAGUGCAGCUCAGCUUCGAGUCCGCUGGCAAGGAGCGGACUGCGAAUUACGAGUUGCGUCUGCUCAAUUUGGAACAGGAGCAUCUGGGCAUACCCGACACGGAAUACGCCUGCGUGGUGCACAUGCCCGCCACAGAAUUUGCCCGCAUAUGCAGGGACCUGAGCACUUUCAGCGAGUCCGUUGUCAUAGCAUGCAGCAAGGAUGGCAUUAAAUUCUCUGCCAGCGGAGAAAUGGGUUCAGCCAACAUAAAACUGAGUGAAACGGCCAAGGGAGAUGUUACUCUGAAGGUUGAGGAACCAGUUACGCUCUCAUUCGCCGGACGAUACCUGAACACCUUUACACGAGCGACUCCGCUCUCGGAGAAGGUCAAGAUUGGAAUGGCUGCAGAUGUACCGCUACUGGUCGAAUAUCCCAUUGAAGAUUACGGCUACAUAAGAUAUUACCUGGCACCCAAAGUGGAUGAUCCAGAUGCCUAAGUGCAAUUUCUUAUAACUUGUGCAAUAUACUUGUUUUAUAUUUGUAUUAUUUUAAGUUAUUUUUAGAAAAUAUUCAUUUACAAAAG